AGCAGGUGGUUAGAAGCGUGUUUGGGGUUUUUAAGAGCCAAAAUGGGGUUUAUGUGUCGGUAAAUAGACGCGGUGUUUAUGUCAAAAUUCGCCGCGCUCCGCUGCCUUUAUAACAGUGCUGUCACGCCGUCGGUGGGGUUGGGUUAUCGCGGGGAGGUGUCCGUGGCAGAAUUUCAUCCCCCGGACGAAGCCUGACUGGCACAGACGUCCGAGGACCGUGUCCAGCGUCUGUAGUGAUUGACCAGUCGCCUGGAGCAGCGCCGCCGAGCCUAGGCCAGGUGCUCCUCGGGCCGGACAGGGGUCAGCGCCGAGCAGGUAUCGCGACAAGCCGGCACAGCAGACCGGGCUCGAGAGACCGUGUACAGUUUCCGUAAAGCACACAUACAGGCGCACAGAACGACUCGCCUGCACUUCAUGUUUCCAUAGCAACGGACGUCUCAGAAACGACAACAAAAUCGUCCAGAAUGGCCGAGAACGGUCUGAACCUGGAGGCCGUUGCCAUGGUUCCGGAGCAGGACGACGCCCAGGCGGAGUUGAUGAAACAUGUCCAGUUUGUGCGGGACCACGGGCCGCUCCCUGACGACGGGACCGACACCAGCGCGGUCGGCCCCACGACUCUGCCCCUGCUGGACUGGACCGACGAGCGCUUCCGGGCCAAGAGGAAAACAGACAUCUCGGGUAGGAAUGCCGACCGAAAGAAACGGGCCAAGAAGUCGGCAGCGACCCCUAGCGCCGACCGCUAUAGCUACAACUACUGGCGCUGGCCACCCAAACCUCCAUUGAAGGCCCUGAGCGCACGGGAAGCUUUCACAACAAAGGAGACAAGCCUGUUCCGGUUCUCGCACUUCGGUAACCCGUUCCCGCUGGACAAGCUGAAGCGGCGACCGACUGACCACGUGGACCUGCUGAACGACUCCUCACAGAUCUACCCUACCGUCAGCCGGACACUCAAGUUCAUCACUCCGUUCUCGUCCGAGUACGAGUACAAGUACGGCAGUCCGGACGGCUUCAUACACGAGCGGCCCUGGCAGCAGCGCCUCCGCAUCUUCCGCAGGAACAGGACGGCAGGAUCCAACAGAACCGCCGACUCGGACGGGAAAGGCUCUCCGGACAGCAAUUCGUCCAGCAAGUCCUCUGGUUCCGUCAUCUCAGCUGUCUACUUGAGAAGAUAAGAAGCAGCACCGUGUUGCAGCCCCACCUUGCGACUGUUGCUGUCCGUUCACAUAACAUGAAAAGAUAAGCCACAACAAAGGGCAUCCUCUAUUUAAAAAUACUGGUUCGAGAUCAUAGCAUUGUACAAAAGCGCCACCUUCCGACAAGUAGCCACGCAGAACUAUGGUUUACCUCACGCAGUGCAGGGAGUAUAGGGUAUUUAACAUUGCUGUAUCUGACUAUGGCUUAUGUAAUGGUAAAUUAGUUUGGUAGAACAAUAAGGGUAACGUUGCUUUAAUUGCGACAGACGCGUACCUUUCAUCAGUAAGUAUGUUUGAGUCUCUUUUGUGCUAUCUGCGUUACUCUUACAUAUUUAUCAUGAAUUACAGACAAAGUAAAGAAAAUUAUGCUGUUUUAAGAAAGACCAAUAAACAUGUAUUUCUAAAAUUGCAUGAUCAAUAGAUUUUUGAAGUCAACUUUCGUUUUCUACUACUUGCAUUUCCAACUGUAUAUUAUAUACUUUGUUGUAUACACUAUACAUCGAUGUAUUUGGUACGUUUAUUACUAUAGUACUAAGGGCAUAUCAUAAUAUACACGACCUUUCCAUGACAUGUUAUUGCCAAAGGGUGUGUAAAUAAUGUUGAGGUUUUCGUUAGUUAACUGAUAUGAAUAAGUUUGUUUAAUGAUAUGGAAAUGUAGAAUAAAUCCACUACAUACCGUAAAACGAGUAACUUCUCCAUGUUGUAGUCAAUAACCUCUCCAACGUACCGUCCAUUACACAAGAAUAUAC